AGAGUUACAGCUAAAUUGGUCCAGGAACCCACAAACCGUCCGAUCAACCAUAUAGCUAUUUCCUGCACCGAUAUUGAGGGGCUCAUUAAAUGGUACACCAAUGUUCUCGGCUUCCAGAUCAUCGGCGACAUCCAGCAUUGCAGCAGAGCUAAAGAUCUGACUCCAUUUGAGACAAUCUUCGUCUCGUACCCUCCAUUACUCCAAGAACUAAAGUUCGCUAUCCUUACAACUGGCAACGGCGUAUGCAUCGAAUGUUUUCAGUUCAUCGACCCGCCACCGAGGCCUCGAGAAGAAGAAUUUGAGUAUUCAAGGGCUGGCAUUUUCCAUAUAUGUGUGACGGAUAGAAAUCCUGAAAUAUUGGUAAAGAAAAUCCUAGACGAGGGUGGAAGGACAUUGGGAGGGUGGAUGGAUUAUUCUAGGUUUGGACUUGAGGGACAUAAGGGGAUAUAUACCCAGGACCCGUGGGGUAAUGUAGUUGAGAUCAUGAGUCUGAGUCUUGAGAGGUCAUCAGCAAAGCCAGUUGCAGAACCACCAACUCACGUGAUGAGAAAAAAGUCCAAGACAUUCACAGGAUGCUGGACGUGUCGGGCCCGCAGAGUGAAAUGCGACGAAGUGCAGCCUGUCUGCAACCGCUGCACUAAAGCACGUCGAAUCUGCGAGGGCUAUGGAGUUCGCCUUACGUGGAAAAGCAACGAGAAGGAAACUCCCUUCAGAGUACUUCUCGACCUUGAUACGGACGGCGUAGAAAUACCUCCAGUCGACCUGGAUGAUAUGAUCAAUAAGUGCUGUUAUACAGAGGCUAGCUAUGAGACACAGACGUUCGGUCCCUUUUCUGUGUUCAGCAUUGGACAGAACAUUGGUUGCGAGUCGUCAGAGCAGGAUCGAAAUGAUCCAGGAGAAUGUCAGGAAAAUCAAGGACUGGUGGAGGAAACCGCAACAGAGAAUGCUCAUACGCCCCACUCCAACGAGUCGUUGAUAGGUACAAGUCAGCAUUCAUUACCAGAGUCCAGCAAUGAAGCACCAUCACAUGUCACCAUAUUCGACACCUUUGCGCAUCAAGCUACUAGGUCGAAUCAUGAUUAUAUUGAUGAAAAUGAUGAUCUGGUACUGGAUGAGCUUUUCUCAGCAGAAUGGUUCUUUGGCCCGAGCGCUUGUGACCUCGAGUCACAAGCGUCAUGGACAGAACUCGGAAUCCUUCCGCUCGAUGUGGAAAACGAUGCGACUUUUGCUCUAGCAGUUUCACUAGAGAACCAGUCAUCACAGAAUUACUGGCAAUUCAACAGCACUCCGUUCGAUGAAGUGCCGCCGCCACAAACCAGUCUUAACCCAAUUUCUAUGUCUCGACAACAGACCGAGCUGAUCCAUCACUGGCUGGUCCACAUGUGUAGAAACAUGGUCCCAAUCGACACAUUGGAUAACCCAUACCGAGUGAUAUAUCUGCGCCUAGCUUCCGAGGGCGUCACUGGCACCUCCAAAAGUCACGUUGCAGUGUUGCACGGAGUUUGUGCUGCUGCCGCGCAUAAUCUGAAUACCCUACGGCACGACAAGACGAAUACACAAUCAGCAUGGAAUGCACAGGUAGCACUGCAGAAUCUACAAGAGUCCAUUUCGCAACCGAAGAACAUGGACUAUGCCUCUGUUCUAGCCGCUAUUGCGAUGUGUAUCAUGCAGGAUACCAUGACGGGACAUCCUCGUAGCUGGAAAGCUCAUAUACAAGCUGCGUUUAGGAUAAUAGUACAGGGGAAACUCUAUCAAGGUCUGGAACCGGGAUCUGAAUUACACGUUGUGGUUCUGCAAUGUCUUUGUCUCGUCGUGUUGGGCGAUGUUGAUACACAGCAUGACCUUGCAGAUAUGGUGUCUCAACUCCCGACCACCGAGGACUAUGUCUCUAAACAUCACAGUGUCACAAAGGCUCUCGUCGGUAUCAUAUCUCAAAUCAAUACGCUCUCGAAACAAGAUGCUAUUAAAGAUCUCGCUCUGGUCGACCAGCUAGAACUUCAGAUCUAUCUACAAGUCAGCCCAACAACCCAACACAAUCAAUUCCGCAGUGAAAAGGUCAACUUCAUUAAUCAACACUAUGCCUCGGUCUGGCACUACGCCACAAUAAUACACUUCCAAAGACGGAUCCGCCACAAGCCGCCAGAGCAGCUACAAGAUAUUAUAUCUGAAGCACUGACUCAUCUUGAAGCGGCUGAAGAUGUUGCUACUGAUCUUGACGGAUGCAUUGUUUUAUGGCCCUGCAUGGUUAUAGCAAGUGAUUGCUAUGAUGAAGCGCACAAGAUGCGUGCGUUGAAUUGGUUCAAGAGAAAGGAGCGUCAUGGAUUUGCGAAUGUCAGUUUGGCAAGCACAAUUUGUCUCGAAUAUUGGAAGUGGCGUGACAGUAAUCCUUUUAGGGCCUUAACUACAUCAUGGCAAGAUUUUGUUGCAGGAACUCAGUAUGAUGUUGUUCCAAAUGGGUCGGGCUGGCCGGUGCAUGUCAACCCGCUCGCUCCCGUUAAACGAGCCGAACAAUUUGACACAUCUUGGAUGUGGAAUCCCGCUUUCAUCGAAAAAGCCACGUCUACCGCCGGUCGCUUCGUUCAUUUCCGCAAGACAUUCUUUGUCAAUGCGGAGAUACCAACAUCGCUUCCACUUCAAAUCACGGCUGAUACACGAUACAAGCUAUACGUCAACAAGCAAUUGGCCGCGUUCGGACCUGUUAAGGGAGAUGCGAGUCUCUGGUUUUACGACGAAGUCGACAUCAGCCCGUAUUUGCGCUUGGGCGAGAAUCACAUCGCGAUACAUGUCCUCCGACUAUUUCACGGGACGUCGUACGGGACUAGCUUUCCGCGUCUGGGAACAGGUGGUGUCAAGAUCGCAACGACUGUUGAUGAUGAGGUCUGGGCACCGCAGAUUCGAAGUAGUGAGCUUUGGCAAACGGCGAUAGACCACAAUGUGACUCUUCGCAUCGACGAGGAAGAGGAUGAUUUUCUUCACGUAUACGAAUUGGUUUCGGCAUCACGCGAUACGUCAUUGGAGUGGAUUCCGGCGAUACUGCUCCGUUUUCAGAACUCUACUGGUGUCACGGCGCCGUGGAAAUUAUCGCCGCGUCUCAUUCCGCCGAUGAGAGGUCAUAAGUCUUACUUCAGCGCUAUUCACAACGUUCAGAGCGACUUGCCCCAUGGCACCUGGAGUGCAGGAUUGCUGGGUAUUCAAUCAGCAGACAGUAAUCUCCUUCUUCCCGCUCGAUCAAGUCAUCAACUCGACCUUGAGACUCCCGUGCAUACAACUGCUUUUAUCCGCUUCCGCUUCGUCCGUCCGGAAGUUGGAGGCGCUUGUCUUACGAUAACGUAUUCUGAAAGUUAUGAGGACACUCCAGUGCUGAUUCCAUAUCUCCGUUGCAAGGGAAAUAGAUGCGAUACAAGCAAGUUUCUAAUCGGGCCCAAGGAUAUUUACACUUUCCGGGGAAAAGAUGGGAAUCCACGUCUGGGCUACUACGAUGAGGAAGAUACAGAAGAAGUAUACAUGCCUUUCCACUGGCGUACCUUUCGCUUCAUAAGACUAAACAUUGAGACUGGGUCAUCUGAUCUGAUCAUGCGUGGUAUCGAUAUUGACGUUGUUAAUUACCCAUUGGACGUACUAUCAACGAUAAGCACGACCACAGAUGAUGGGACUUUGGGAGCGUUGUACGACACGAGUAUCCGAACUUUACAAAACUGCAUGCAUGAUUGCUACGAAGACUGCCCUUUCUACGAGCAACUUCAAUACGCCAUGGAUACACGAAGUUCAUGUCUCUUCACUUACCACGUAUCUGGCGAUGAUCGGUUAGCGAGACAGGCAAUCGUGCAGCUUCACAGCUCCUUUCAGCCUCGUAUUGGGCUUACAGCUAGUAGAGCGCCAUCGACUCAAUUGCAGAUCAUCCCUCACUUCUCCCUCUACUGGAUCUGCAUGCUGCACGAUCAUUUUCUUUACUACGCUGACAAGGCGUUUGUUCGGCCUCUUUUACCCGUUGUUGAUGCUGUCCUGGGGUUUUUCCAUGAACGCAUUGAUCAUCGCCUGGAUCUUGUAAGUCUAGGAAAAGAGAAGGGCGUUUGGAACUUUCAUGAUUGGGCGGAGCAGUGGAGGCCGUACGGCAUUCCUCCGUCAGCAGCCAACUCCGGUGUUUCGACAUACACAAACAGCUUAUAUGCGUACACUCUCAAACUAGCGGCCAAGUUGCAGGGAGAGUGUGCAGGCCGACUUUCCCUUGCAGAUGAGUAUUCUCAUCGGGCUGAGCUAAUUGUCGAUGCGGUUAAACGGCAGUGUUAUGAUGGGCAAUACUUUACCGACAGCAUUGCUGCUUGCUCAGACCCCAAGGCUGACCGUAGCCAGCAUAACCAGGUCUGGGCAGUUCUCAGCGGUGCGGUAUGUGGUAACAGCGCUCAGGCAUUACUCAAGCGCGCUCUAGGAAGUUCUCAAAGUGGUGUGCCUCUCACCAAGACGUCGAUCUCCAUGUCCUUUUAUACACUUCGAGCCAUCAGUAUCGCAGGAGGGUCUCUGUAUGACGAAUUGUUCCAUGUUCUUUGGCAGCCAUGGCGUCAUCAAUUAUCUUUCGGUCUGACUACCUGGGAAGAAGACGACGUUUCACACCGUUCGGAUUGCCAUGCUUGGGGCAGCGCUCCCAUCUACGAGUUCUUAGCCGAGGUUGCAGGGAUACGGCCUGCAAAGCCUGGAUGGCAGGAGCUGGAGUUUGCUCCGCGCCUGGGGCUGUAUACAUCUCUCGAAGCAACAGUUCCGUUUUAUAGAGAAGGAAAGUUGGUCUUGGCAAAGGUUGCUUGGAGCUCUUUAGAUGGAGAGACGCUAGUCACGUUGGGUAUUGAGGGAUUAGACGAGUCAAUCUCUGUGCAUGUGAAAUUACCAGGGUGGCCGGGGAUGGUUGAGAAGAGCUCGCAGAACAUGAGCUUCACUUGGACAAGAUCUUAG